AUGCAAAACUAUAGCACACUGUUUCUCAGUAUCCUGGCCCCAUUGGUAUGCGUUCAGGUGCCGAAUGGUGAUGCCCCAUAUGAACAGAUUAUACGUCAGUUUUCAGAACUAAAUUUGGCGGGAAAACUGUGGCAUAACUCCAUUCUCAAGAAUCGACUACUGUCAAACAGCUUUCUCGUCAAUGUGUCAACAUCUACAAAAUACUCAGCUGAGGUGCUUAAACUGCUAAACGACCUCAAAGUGAAAGAUAAACACUCCCGUUAUUCCCCUUUCAACACCGACUCCGACCUUUUCCCCAACGGAAUACUCUCUGAGAACUGGUUUCUCAAGUACCAACAGUUGAAACCAUUUGCAUUUGUUCAGACAAUGGAACUCCCCGAUGUAGCCACCAGAGAUGAUGAAAUAGCUGCUGAAAUGACCGAGUUGAAAAGCGGAUUUGAUGCUGCCGGUAUAAAGUUUGUGGUUAUUCUAAUAUCCAAGUCAACCAAUUCACUGGAGGAUGAGAUUAGAAUCAAUCGAUUCCGACAGCUUACAAACUUGACAAAGGCAACGGGUCUUCUUUACUUGAAUUGUGUACUGAAGGAAUACUCCAGUGAAGUGGAUGUUUUUGUAACAAGUCUAGUUUCGAAUUUGAAGUCAUCUGCGGUUGACUUCUACAAAGCCAUUGAAUCAAAAAUUAGGCAACGACACAAGAAGUACUACUCGAUCCCCACAUCCACCCACAUCGACACGACCAUUGAGUUGACUCCCAAGUUCUUAGAAACCCGGAAUCUCAUCAAACAGGGGAUAAUCGACCAGUUCUUGUAUCCACAUAAUCUUGAAAGCUGUAUACAUUUCUUAGAGUUGGGCUACCAAAACUUGGUUGAAAUUGUGCUGGAGAACUACUUUGAGUUUUCGAAGGACCACAUCUCAUCGCGUGACUUGACCCUUUAUCAGGAGCUCCGGAAUCUUAUUGACGUUACAGCUUUUCAAAUCGUGAGGGCUUAUUUGUCAAUUGAAGAUCCGAUUACAGCAUUGAAAAAGCACGCUGCCCAUAUUUCAAAUGUCACAUCGAUUACAAGGGGGAGAAUAGAAUCAGGACAGUGGAUUGCUGUUCAGUAUGAAUGGUUAGCUGAGUUGUUGGAGAUGGUACCCAAAUCUAUUCUUACCGAAGCCAACAUCAGAGUCUACAGUAAGAAGCACAAGAACAGCAAGAUCACUAGGUAUGCCGGAGGGGUUCGUUUCCACGAUGAUAACGUAGAUGUGCUUCUUGACCCCGGCUUGCUCUAUUUAAAAUGCUCAUCUUACUUAACUGGUGUUUCUGAGACUACCCAGCUUGACUAUUUGCGUAUCUACAAAGAUUCUGAAGAGCUCAUUCUGAAAAGGAAGAUAUUGCUACAUAAAGCUUUACAGAACGUAAGUAUUGAAGGAAAUGCCAAGUACAUAUGCUUCUUAUUGGCUGGAGAAUACUUUUCUUCUGGUGAAUGGGAAUUGUCUGCUGAACACUUUGAAAAGGCUUUAGGAGGUUGGAAGUCUACCGACAAUUUGAUAAAAUCCAAAUUGAUAGAAUGUUAUCAGGAGUUGAAUGCCCCUCAUAAGUCAUUGGAGUUACUUCUAUUGUUGAACAAUGGUACUGGUAAUCACGAAGUUGAUGUAAGUGCGAUUGAUGGAGAUAUCGAUGUAAAUUGUCAUCUCUUUGACGUCGAUAUUUUGUUCGCCGAUGAGAAAAGGUGUUCGGGUGUGACUGAAGAUGUUACUGUAUUUGACAAUAUUGUGUGCCAGCUUUCACUUCGCCCUAAGGUCAAUAUUGACGCAAUUAAGAAUCACAUAAAAGGAAAAGUGGUUGAAAUAUUGUUCAAAAUAACCGAUGUAGAAGUGAAUUUUCAAAACGAAGAUAGCAAAGAACUCACAGGCUUAUCAAAUAUAAAGGUAUUCCAUGAUUCAAGCAUUAAAGAUACUGUUUUGCAGAAACCUGAAGACACUAAAGCAAACUUGAGUUUUGUGUCAAACCACCAGAAGGUUUUGGAGGUUUCACAGCUGGUGCAGAAGUCCGGAGUAUACCAAUUAAAGACUGUCAAACUAAAAUCAGUAUUGGAAAUCAAAGUUGAUAGUAAAACAUUGGUUAUUAGAAACAGUGAAUCAAUUACUCCCACGAGGCAGCCACUGUAUAACUGGUACUUCAAGAAGCUUGACGAUUCUUUGAUCAAAGUCCCCGUCAAAAUCUCCUCUUCCUUUAGGGCUCAUCAGAUUCGAGUCCUUCCUAUCAGACCCAAUGUGGUUGUAACAAUGAGACCUCCCCAGAUCAACUUCAUCACUCUAGGAGAACGAGUCACGUUGACUUUCGAUGUACAGUUUCAAAAUGAAAGGAAACUCAACUACAAUAAGAUUUCCCUAUCUCCUCGAGUGAAAGUCACUAGCAAUUCUGACGCAGGCGACUUGGUCCUCGUUGACCCAAAAGUUAACUGGGAUGGCUUGAAAGAUGAUGAGGCAUUAGUGCUUCAGGAAUUGGAUAAAACAGAUGCAGUCACAGUGAAAAUGAACCUUGCGAUACACAGUACUUCCUUACACGCUGAAGAAGAACUUAAGAAAUCCAACAACUCCUACCAAGCUGUACUUGAUUUGAAGACGAUAGUAGCGGAAGAAGGUGAACAAGAGACAAAUGAUACAGAGUCCAGUGCACUAGCUGUCUACGACACUGCAACGUAUAUUCUCCCCAUCGUCAACGUACCCUUUAACUGCCGAGUAUCAAUUGCUCCACGGUUCAGAGACACUAAAGACGGUGUGAAUGACAUGCCCAACCCGUUCAUAAUGCACGGUAGCAACCACUUGUCGAUGCCCAUUGUGACCCGGUUGUGGCAGGCCAAGCUCAUGUUGAAUGAACCGAGCGAGGAUAUCGAGGCCACGAAUAUCGAGUUCCAAGUCAAGUCUCAAAAUUCAGAGAUUUUGGUAGACUUGUUGCCAAAAGUUGGAAAUGUCUCGAAAACUCAAACGUUUGCAACCAGAAGCAAAAAUGGAGUUUCCCACCGUAAUGUCAUGAUGGUAGUAUCAGCGAAGAUUGACUGGAGACGUAAGGGCUCCGACCAGCUGAAUGUAUUCUCAACGGACGAGUGGGAGAUUGUGUUGCCAUUGUCAGAUCCUCGUAUGCUCUUGAAAGUUGAGAAACUAAAGAACGAGGAAAAGACUGUGAAACUUAAAUACAUUAUUGAAAACCCAACGCCACGGAUCUUCAUUUUCAGCAGCAAGUUGGUGGACGAUAACGAGAGGUUCAUCUGGAACUUUGAUGAUGAGAGAAACAUGUACCCACUAGUACAAACCAAGUUUCCGGUUUUACCAUUCAACCGAUUCCAACUCGAGUACUACGGACAGUUUAACAGCAGCGAGAGUGUGAUACAAAUGCCGCAGUUGAAGGUGUUUGACAUCCAGUACAAAGUAAGCUUACCUGCGUUACCGGUGGCUGACGAUGUGAUCACUCGUGAUGGGUUGUUAAUGUGGAGACGGCAAUAG